AUGAUGAAUAUUUUAUCAAUUAAAAAAGAACUUGCUGAUUUUGGCAUUUUAACCGAUCGUAUAUCAAAUAUUCCUAAUGCUGAUAUAUCAAUUCCCACUUUAGAAGAUAAAAUUCCUUCUAUACCAAAUAAUUUUGUUUUUAACCAAGGAUGGACACGAUAUUCUAAUUCUGGUUAUGAAUCAGUAGAAUAUCCACAAGAAGAUGGAUUAAUAUUUGAUGUUGAAGUUUGUAUGAAAAAUGGUCCAUUACCAACAUUAGCUACUGCAGUUAGUAAAACCUCAUGGUACAGUUGGGUUUCAAAACAUCUUAUUGAUGGUACAUCAUUAAAUUUUAUGAAAAAACCAUUAACACCUGAUGUUAUGAUUCCUCUAGAAAGUUCAAAAAACGAUUAUGAAUUGAAUUUAAAUAGAUCCCAAGAUAUAAAAAAAAUCAUAGUAGGUCAUAAUGUUUCAUUUGAUCGCGUCCGUGUUAAAGAACAAUACUGGCAAAAUGAGAAUAGUACAAAAUUUUUAGAUACAAUGUCAUUACAUAUUUGUAUCAGUGGUACCAGUAGUUAUCAACGUACAAUUUUAAAGUCUAAACAUUCUGAUACAACAAAUGAACAGUUACAUUCAAUUUCUUCCUUGAAUAAUUUAGCUGAUGUAUAUAAACUGUAUUGUGGAACAGAAUUGAUCAAAACAAAUCGAGAUAUAUUUAUUAAUGGAGAAUUACAGGAUAUUAAAAAACAUUUCAAUGAAUCUAUGUUAUACUGUGCUUUAGAUGUAGUUGCAACCCAUAAAGUUUUAAAAAAAAUAUUUCCUAUGUUUCUUGAAAGAUUUCCACACUUUGCGACUUUAGCUGGUAUGCUAGAGCUUGGUUCAUCAUAUUUACCAGUCAAUUAUAAUUGGAAAAGAUAUUUAGAAGAAGCAGAAACAACUCAUGAUGAUUUAAACUUAGAAAAAAAUGUACUUGAAGGUAUUGAUAUGUGUGCAACUCGAAUCUUAAAAAUUUCUAAAAUGUGUUCUUAUUGGAAAAAUAAUCGUGAUCGUAUUAUGUCUCAACUUGUUAUUUGGUUAGAUAGUAAAAACAUGCAUUUUAGUGCGAUUAAAAACAACUCUUUUUUAAACUGUGGUGCAAUAAUUCCACAAGUUGUUGCAUCAGGAACUGUAACUAGAAGGGCAGUUGAAGCAACUUGGAUGACAGCCUCUAAUACUGAUCGUGAGAGAAUUGGAUCAGAACUACGAGCUAUGAUACAUGCUCCUUUAAAUUAUUGUAUAGUUGGGGCAGAUGUUGAUAGUCAAGAACUUUGGAUUGCUUCAAUUAUUGGAGAUUCUUUUUCAAAAGUAGUAAAAAUUCAAGGUGGAACUCCUUUUAGUUGGAUGACUUUAAUUGGUAAUAAAUCACAAUGUACAGAUAUGCAUAGUGUUACUGCUAAAGCUGUAGGUAUAUCUAGAGAUGAAGCAAAGAUUAUUAAUUAUGCUCGUAUCUAUGGUGCUGGACAAAAGUUUGCUGAAAGAUUAUUAAAACAAUUUAAUCCAAUUAUGAGUGAUAAAGAAGCAGCUUUAAAAUCUAAGAAAAUGUUUCUUAUGACAAAAGGUCAAAAGUUUUAUCGUUUAAAAAAAUUUUAUAUUUCUGAAGAAUUUAUAGAUAAAUUGUAUACAGAAAGUGAAUGUUUGAAAAUUUCAAAACUUCAUAAUAAAUCAAGAGAUGAAGUGUUUGAAAAAGGAAAAUGGAUCGGUGGAUCUGAAUCUGCAAUGUUUAAUAGCUUAGAAGAAAUUGCUGAACAAAAAGAACCUGCUACACCAUUUUUACAUUCAAGAUUAAGUCGAGCUUUAGAAAAGGAAACGAAUGAAAAAUAUCUUCCAACUAAAAUAAAUUGGGUUGUACAAAGUGCAGCAGUAGAUUUUCUUCAUCUCAUUUUACUCAGUGUAAUAACAUAAUUAUUAUUUAUAUUAAAUACCAAUAUACCUUCGUAUAGUUAGAUACGUUGUCAUCAUUAAAAUGUACGCAUAUUCCGAUUAGAAAUGCACACAUACUUUGAUAUAAUACUUCUUGUAAAUCAUCAUUAUGUUCAUACGAAGAUAAAAGAGCAAUCAAAUACGAUACUGAAGAAUCAAUAGUAAGAAAUUUUUUCACAACCAAUGAACUGUAUGAAGUCCACCUACACAAUAAAAUUAAAAGGCCCAGCUUGGAUUGAAUUUUAUUGCUUUGUUGAAGUAGGAUAACGCAUUGUUGUAUUAAUGUUACGGGUGGUGUACCAAUAUUUGUUGCUAAAAGUACUCGUAGCAACUGUUCCUUUUGAUUUGUACCAUCUAUUAAUGCAUGUGAUAAGGCUACGGCUGAAAACCAGUUGGAAAGUUGUUCGAAUGCAAAUAAGCCUCCGCAUAGUAGUUGCCCUAAAAAAUAUUUUUAUUUCAUUAAAAAUCACUAUAUCUUAU